AUGGAAGAUUCAUCCAACAGUACCUGCUUCUCAGGAGUGCAGGCUAUCCCCUUAUCUUCCGGUGAUUCGUGUCAGCCUGGAUUCUACUGUCCAGCAACUAGUGCGCACGAUCCGCCGGCAUUUUGUCUCCCGUCGCUGGACUGUCUUCUAACCCGACUUCAGAGUGGUGGCGAGAACUUAUGCGCCAGUGCCCAAGGAAAGUUCGAACCUGUCAUAUGCAAUGCUGGGUUCUACUGUCCAGCUGGCGGUAAGCAGAAAAUCCAGUGCCCUCGGGGGCAUUUUUGCCCACUGGGCACGGUGGCGCCCUUCCCGUGUUCGGUCAUGUCAAUAUGUCCCGCAGGAAGUACUUACCAAACCCCCCUGUUGGGAUUCUUUCUUUGCUUUCUGCUUGACUGUUUGAUGAUCGGGAUGUGUGUGGCUUCGCGGACCCAAUCGUCGUUGAGACAAAUGAUGCAGCCCCUGCGCCUAACCCACCUACACCCGCAGUCUCGAACCGGAGAGAGUGAAGCACAAGCCGUAGUCUCUCGCUUGGAGCUCCGAGAUUUUUUCAACCCCGAAUUGGUGCCUGAUGGUGGUCUGGUACUGAGCUUUACCAGUAUCGAUCUCCAUCCACGCCGCUCCCCUCGCAAGGUCUUGUCUGGACUGAACGGGGCCGUCCAUUGCGGUUCAGUCCUCGGGAUCAUAGGGGCAUCUGGCUCUGGGAAAUCAAGCUUUGUUAAUAUCCUUUCCGGCAGGAUACGGCCCACAGAGGGAUGGGUCUCGAUAAACGGCCAGAGAAGCGAACCGAAGCAACUACGAGAUUUGAUUGGUCUCAUUCCUCAGCAUGAUGCCCUCCUGCCGGAUGCCACCGUCCGUGAAAAUAUCAUAUACUCUGGGCGUGUUUUACUUGGUGGUCGGCUGUCUGAGCGCCAAAUUCAGGAAUACGUAGAUUUUCUGAUAUCAUCCUUGGGACUAGAAGAUAUCCGCCAUCAAUUGGUCGGGGGCCUAAUAAACGAAGGGGGCCAAGGUAUCUCCGGAGGUGAAUACAAGCGCGUGAGUAUCGCGGUCUCGCUGGCUGCGGCGCCGCUCGCAUUGAUUCUCGACGAGCCAACCUCAGGACUGGAUGCGACGGCCGCCCAUUCGCUCAUGAAGCUCCUCCACUCAAUCUCAAGGCAGGGCAUCAUAGUCGUCUGUGUGAUCCACCAGCCACGCGUGGAAAUAUUUCGACUUUUAGAUGAUCUGCUCGUGCUGAAUGGCGGGGCCCAAGUCUAUCUUGGAAAGGCUGCAGAUGCACAGCCGUUCUUUGAGAAGGUGGACCAGAGAUUUCCAGCCGCAUCGAAUCCGGCAGACGUGAUACUUGAUAUUUUAUCAAAUGGUUUUCCGACUCCAGGUGAGGAAAAGUAUCCCGCACAGGAAUCAAUAAGACAAAAUCCGUCCCCCGGAACUGGCAUGACGGAAGAGGCCCUGGCCACGCUCCUUCGAACGGUUACGCAAAGGAGAGCGUCCUGGACUCGCCAACUAUGGCUCGCAUUCUCCCGGGGUACGACUCAGCAGUGUCGACAGACCACCAGCCUUGCUCUGGAGAUUGUAUCCAGCGCAGUGACUGGUCUCAUGAUUGGCCUCGCAGCGUUUGAAUCCAGAGGCCACUUCUUCCAAGGGAUUUACCACGAUUCAUAUGGUUUUCUUUCCAGUGCAGUGGAAUACCGUCUGAUAGCCGAGCAGGGCUUGUUAUGCUGCCUGGCGAUUGCUUGUGCGGCUGGGCCUCCAAGUGUGAAGAUUUUUGGAGAGGAGAAGGUCACAUUCUAUCGAGAGGCUCAGUCCGGUCAUUCUCGCAGCGCUUAUUUCAUAGGGAAAAGUCUUGCCGUCAGCUUCCGAAUGCUAGUAGCAGCGUUACAUUUCACAUCGUUCUACAUGGUCUUAGCGGCCCCCAUGAUCUCAUUUGCCCUCCAGCUUGGGCUAGCCUUGCUGUAUUUCUACUGUAUCUAUGGGCUUGGAUUUGUUGUGUCAGCGGUCACGCGGCGAGAGGAUGGACCCCUUCUGUGCAUGCUUCUGAGCCUCAUCAUCUCAGCCCUGAGUGGGUGUGCACCUCGCCUGUCAACAGUGCGGAGCUGGCAUCUGGAAUGGUUCUGGUAUUCGUGGCCAGCUACCUGGUUUUCAGAAGCAUUCUACCAGGAGAACACGGCUCCUCUGGCAUAUCUGUAUAAUGUCAACGACGCUGCUACGUUUACUGGCUACCGGAUUGGUAGGACAACUGUGGAUUUGUGUGCUCUCCUGUUGAUCGGGACACUGUAUCGUGCAGUAUCCUAUGUUCUUUUCAUUUUCUGGGGCUGGGGCUCACAGAGGUGAUAUGUCGUCUGGCACUGGUGACUUGGAGUGCACGUAUAAGCUAUGAGACCUUGACAUGGAAGUAGGUCGAAGUAAUCGGCUCCCCAAUCUCCAGGGACCUUUUCAAGAUCGGAUACGCCCAUGGACGCCAGCUCCAG